GAUAAGAUACUAUCAGAAUUAAAGCAAGUUAAGGCUGAUAAGUUAAAGUUAGAAGGUCAAUAUAGAAACCUCCUAGGUAAAUUAUCAAGUAUGCGGGAUACACUCGGGGAGAAGUUAAAGGAAGAUGCUGAAGAGUUGGAUAGAAGAGAGGUACAAAUAAAUGCACUCACAGAGACUAAUGACAAGCAAACGGCCAAAGUUGCUGAACUCGAGAGUUCCUUACAAGAUCAGGAAGACAGAAAUGCUCAGCUCUCGAACGAUCUGAGCACUCUCAGAGCUAGAAUAAGCAGCUCAGAAAAAGCUAGCACUGAUGAAUCAUCUCAGAUGCAAUCCAGAUUGAGGGAUUUAGAGAAAAUACUCGAUAAAGUUAAGAUGGAGAGAGAGGAAUGGCAGUCGCAAGCGGAUGAGGAACAUCUCAGGUGCGAGAGUGCAUUAGAGAGUAAUAAAGACCUUCUCGAGGAACUAGAAACAAUAAAGAACGAGUAUAAGGGUGUGAAUGGUAGUCUCCAAGAAAGCGAAAAGGCAUUGAGAAAUGUGGAGAGUCUACUAAGCGAGUCUCAAUUGAGUACGAACUCAAGGAGAAAAAUGAGGAACAACGGAAGGAGGUUGCAGAUGCAAAGGUUCGUUCUUAGAGAGUUUUAUUGUCUAUUUAACACCACACAGGCAAAUCUAGAGUUAUUUAGACAAGAUGCUGAACGGACGCCAGAACUGGAGCAGGAGUGUAAAGAAAAAACUCUUUUGAUAGGGAAAGUAAGGCAUGAAGCUGUGAUUCUGAAUGAACAUCUCACGGAAGCAUUGAAACGCCUUAAAGAAUACAAUACUUCAGAUUCAGUCGAUCGUCAACUGAUGUCUAAUAUUCUCUUGCAAUUCGUGACAACACCUAGAUCGGAUGGAAAGAGAUUUGAAAUGUUAAACCUACUCGCAUCAAUUUUGAGUUGGAAUCAAUAUGAACGUGAGCAAGCUGGAAUCGCGCCUAAGAGCUCAAGAUACCCAAUACCUUCAUCACCUGACUCGCCUUCUUCAUACUUUAGACGGAGUACUUCAAGGACAAGACCUGCGAUGACGAAUAUAGAAGACAACGCAUCGUUUGGACAACUGUUUGUUGAAUUCUUGUUGAAAGAGACAGGUGCA